UCUCCUCGGAGUCUCACACGUAAAAAAGCGUCUUGUUCCAUCCGAAGACUGCUGCAGAGACAUGAGGACCAGUCUUGAAUCCAGACCAACCUAUAGCGUAUGGACUCUGUUAAACACUCAAUGGACAGACAACGAAGUCUUACGCACCUUCGCUGGCAGGGAAACCAGACGAACUGUUAAGGUCAAUGACAGGAUACUGAUAAGGGCCACCCCUCUGUGUUGAACAGCCAGUGACCCGCACUGUAACAAUAUCUGCGGGAAAACGUUAGCUACUCAAAACAGUAUUUCUCAAAGUUGUAUACUUUCGUUAUUGCAUGCAAC